AUGGCGUCUCUGGACAGCCCCAACACAUAUCCGGAGAGCCCAAUGGAUCAGGAAGACGUUGUAUACCCCUGCAAGGGCUGCGGAGACGUGAGGAUCAUUCUGCGAUAGAUAUCGUCGUUGCUAAGGCAUACAAGCUAACAAGGACUGUUCUAUAGAUACUGGAGGAGGGAAAGGCCUUCGAACUGGGUACGUCGUCCUUCCCCGGACAUGCUGGUUAUAUUUCGCGGACGCUGACGAAACUACCUCACAGCUGGCAACCGAUGGCAUAUCGACUGUUUUCGAUGCAAUACCUGCGGAACCCUCCUCGACUCCGAUGCGAACCUUCUACUACUCGGCGACGGCUCGCUCAUCUGCAACAACUGCACUUACAGCUGCAGCGCUUGCGGUAACAAGAUUGAAGACCUCGCCAUCCUGACCGGCGACCAGGCAUUUUGUUCCGGCUGCUUUAGGUGUCGCAAUUGCAAGAGGAAAAUUGAGAACCUGCGUUAUGCGCGCACUUCACAAGGAAUUUUUUGCAUGAGCUGCCACGAGAGUCUGAUGGCGCGGCGGAGGAAGAAAGCGAGGACGCCGAAACCCACACCUGGCAGUUCUGCGCAGCCGGAGAAAGCUUUGCCAUCUCUUCCACCUGGCGCUGCACCACAGAGCGCUUUCACGCCAGAAGGCGAAACGCCGCCGGAGGUCUUUCCGGAUUCCCAUGGCACUUCGCUGCAUCAAUCAAGAUCGCCAAGAGAUAGACAGGUGGGCUCUCGCAACAGAGGCUCCUCGAACAAUUUCAAGCGCGACGUGUCGCCCUUGUCAGACGACGUGCGCAGAGGUGGGUUCACACGUACAAAGCGGCUGAAACGUCCGACCAUGACUGACUCGAGCUUAGAAGGCCCCACGCUACCUGCCAGCACAUACAACGACAGCAGACCGUCCAAUGUUUCGAGCUCCGUAGACGACGAUGACGGUUCGGAGCGCGGUUUUCUGCCUAUGGCCUUCGAUCCCACACCCAUCUCUGUUCCGCCUCAGCCCGGGCAGCAGCCUUCGAUCUCAAGAAAGCAAGUUCAACGAGCACACGAUCCUUCUCCUCCCUCGCAAAAGGAGAACCAACUUCCGAGAGAUUACUUUAGUGGCGCCAAUGGGCGACUGGGCGCGAAGCAAGAGACGCAACGCCCAGCGCAAGCUGGGUCAUCGAGGUCGGUGUCUACAGAGCGCGAACCGGAUCGCCAGGCGAAGCCAAGUCCGCAUAUCCUGUAUCAAGAGAAGGGCAGGAAGGGCAAGCGGGAGACGUCGGGAGCAAGCACACCGGCAAAUGGUUCCACCACAGCGUCACCGGUCGUUGCCAACAACCAGGACAGAGGCGCUACGAAAGUGAAAGGCCUGUCACUGUCGACGGACUCAAACACUCUGGAGCAGCAGGGAGGCUUCAAGCUGCAGGACGCGCCCACUGCUGCCAAACAGAGGUCCCGCGCAAACUCCAAAGCGAACUCUCCCAGAGUUGUCUCAUCGAUCGAUGAUCACACGAAGGAUGUCAAGGCCAUCCGUCCCAUCUCGCCAGUGUCUAUCGACUCUCGAAAUUCAGACGUCAAUCCUUUUGAUGACCCGAAGCGCAAGAGAGCUGAAGCAGCCAGCGCGAGCGAGAUACCCAUCCCGCCAAAGCACGCAGAUAGGUCUCUGCCGCUCCGCGGAGACUCACUGAAUGCAACGGCAUCCAAAUCCAAGACUUCCACGCCCGACCCAGCGACGCCAACCGCGGCCUCUUCAUCUACGCAUCUACAGUCGCAACCUUCGUCACAUGAGAGGACUCAUUCGCAAUCAUCGAUACCAUCAUCCUUUACUGACGCGCACAGCACACUGUCUCGUGAUGACAGCCGCUCAAGGCCUGAACUGCAUGUCACGCGCAGCAGCGUCGAGCCUCCGCCACCGCGAUCCGCAAAUAGGCCGUCUGCACCCAGCAAGUCAGUCGCCAACGACGACUUCAUUGCGCCACGACAUGCUCCGCCGCCACCUCCAAUAGGACAUAGAGCUAACGAGUCGAUCAGCACCCUACAGAGCAACGACGAGGAACGACCUUCAAUCGACGGACAGAUAUCGCCUCCUAUCCGCAGCGCCGGUCUGCCCAAAUACAGCCUUGACGGUGGAUUCUCUAUGGAUGACGAAAUGGGUCGUAUUCUACGUGGUGAGCAUGGUCAAGACAAGAGUGCAGGUCCGGGAUCGCCGUCAGUCCUGCGACGGGUUUCAAAUGCGGUCAAGCAUGGCAGGAGUUUCAGCGACCGAACAGGCGGAAAAUCUCCCGGGAUUGGCUCAGUGGAUGCUCUCUCCGCCUCGCAGACGCCGAGCAUCACAUCACCCACAAGCGCAGAUGGCGUGGAGACACUCAGAAAUUCGCUCCGGCGUGCACAGGUUCACAUUGCCGAACUUCAACAAGAGAAGUUGAGUCUGCAGGAGAAACUGGAAGGCUCCAGUGAAAUGAAAGCCGUCAACAGCGAGCUGCGCGAAAAGCGCUCUACCAUGGCAUUUCUGGACACUCAACGCGAAAUGGUCGUGCGUGAACUCGAGAUCAUGACCGAGCAUCUGAGCAAGGCCAAGGACAACAGCCAGCCGCUGAAUAUCGGAUCUCUGAAGACUAGCAUUUUGAAAGAUUUCGCUGAGUCACUUCAGAAGCUGAAGGAUGAUAUUUCCGCUCAGAUUGAAGAUCUCAUGCACAAGCGCAACGAGUUGACAGAUGAGAUUGGCAAUCUCAUUCAGAUGAAAGACAAAGGCUUCCAGGAAUAUGAGUCUUUGUCUUCUAAGAAUACUCAACUGCUACAACACAACAACGAGCUCCUUCGCAGCAUUCAAGGCAUGUACCAGGAUAACCGGAACGCGAACGGCUUGCCAGGUCCAGCAAAUGGUCUGGGAAUCUAUCACCCCGGCGCGAAACUGGAGACGUCUGGCCCAUCAGAAAUUCGCAACCUCAAUAUCGUGAAUACUGACCCAUCUAUGCCGAAUGUCUUGCAUGAUCCAGACGCGGACACGGGAUCCGUGCUAGCAGCUCCACAAGUCGUGAAUAUCCGCAAAACUGGCAAACCAAACAAGUUCAACUGGCGACGAGGUGGCGAGAAGAUGGCAGGCAAGGUCACAAAAGGUAUAAAGGGCGCAUUUGUUGGCAACGAAGUCAAACCCACGGGCCCGUACUCGAUCGGACACCCAUAUAGCCAGACUCAAGCCACAGCUGGUAGCGAGCAGAGCAGCUUGACGGGAAAGACACUUGAUGACAACAAAUCUGGACAUUCGGGGACUUCUGGGUACGGCUUCUUUGGUCAGAAGAGCACCGGCUUGAAGCAGAGCGCCGGCUUGGGGCAUUUGAAGAACAACAGCAGCUCUAAUCUUGCUACGCCGGUUGAGCCAUCAGGUAAGACUCAUCACAUAGCUGUACACGUGGCCAACACACUAACACCAGCAGUGCUCUUUGGAUCCGAGCUCACAGCGCGAUGCGAGCACGAGAAUCGCCUGAUACCCAGCGUUGUCACACAAUGUAUUUCAGAAGUUGAGGCUCGAGGUAUGGACAUGGAAGGUAUCUACCGAAAGUCGGGAGGCGCAGGCCAGGUCAAAUCCGUACAGCAAGGCUUUGAGAAGGACGGCAACUUCGACAUCUCCGAUGAGGAUCUCGAUAUCCAUGCAGUAACAAGCGCGCUGAAGCAAUACUUCCGAAAGCUGCCGACACCGCUAAUCGUCUACGAUGCUUACGACUCGCUCCUGGAAGCCGGCAGGACACAAGACAAGGAGAAGCAAGUCUCCGCCCUUCGACAUAUGCUCGAUGAGCUUCCCGAGGCGCACCGUGACUGCCUGCAGUUUCUCGUCCAGCAUCUGGCACGCGUCAUGCAGCACGAGCCUCAGAAUCUGAUGACGUCGCUCAAUCUUGCUGUCGUGUUCGCACCGACGAUCAUGAGACCGCUAUCGAUUGAGCGCGAGAUGAGCGACAUGCAGACACAGCGACAUGCGGUGCAGGCGCUGCUGGAUUAUCAACAGGAGAUCUUCGCAAUCGAUGACUGA